CGCUGCGCCGCCACAGCCGCCGCCGCCCGGAGCACAGUGCGCCUCGGGCUCCGCGCGCCGCCAGCUCCUGGCUCGCCCGCCGGCCCCGCCGCGUCCGCCAGCCCCACAGCGGAGCCCCGGCCCGGCCCCGGGCCGCCGCCACCACGCCUCGCGCCGUACUCCGCGUCAAGAAUGGGGCGGCCAAGCUGCCCAAGCCGCCCGCCGCCGCCGCCGCCGCUGCGGCCGAGGCGCCCGGCGCCGGCGCUGGCAUGGAGCGCUCGCAGAGCCGCCUCAGUCUGUCAGCCUCCUUCGAGGCGCUAGCCAUCUACUUCCCGUGCAUGAACUCCUUCGACGACGAGGACGCAGAAGGGGACAGCCGGAGGCUGAAGGGGGCCAUCCAGAGGAGCACAGAGACGGGCCUUGCAGUGGAGAUGCCCAGCCGGACGCUGCGCCAGGCCAGCCACGAGUCCAUCGAGGACAGCAUGAACAGCUAUGGCUCGGAGGGCAACCUUAACUAUGGAGGAGUUUGCCUGGCAUCAGAUGCCCAAUUCAGUGACUUCCUGGGAAGCAUGGGGCCGGCACAGUUUGUGGGCCGCCAGACCCUGGCCACCACACCCAUGGGGGAUGUGGAGAUCGGCUUGCAGGAGCGGAACGGUCAGCUGGAAGUGGACAUUAUCCAAGCUCGGGGACUGACAGCCAAGCCAGGCUCUAAGACACUGCCAGCGGCCUACAUCAAGGCCUACCUGCUAGAGAAUGGCGUCUGCAUUGCCAAGAAGAAGACCAAAGUUGCUCGCAAGUCCCUGGAUCCACUGUAUAACCAGGUGCUGCUGUUUCCCGAGAGUCCCCAGGGCAAAGUCCUCCAGGUGAUCGUGUGGGGGAACUACGGGCGGAUGGAGCGGAAGCAGUUCAUGGGUGUGGCCCGCGUGCUGCUGGAGGAGCUGGACUUGACCACCCUGGCUGUGGGCUGGUACAAGCUCUUCCCCACCUCCUCCAUGGUGGACCCAGCCACAGGCCCCCUGCUCCGGCAGGCAUCCCAGUUGUCCCUCGAGAGCACCGUGGGGCCCUGCGGAGAGCGAUCUUAGUGCUGGGAUGGGGAGGGGUUCCCCAAGAUGGCCUGGAGACCACCCAGCCCUGACCUGGGACCCCAGGCCCAGGGGCACAUUGAACAGGAGGACGGGGCUCUCCCCCACAGUGGGGAAGCAGAAUGGGGAGACCUGCCCCCCUUGGGCCCCUCCUCACCCCUUCUUUGCCUCCUACCCCCUGAGACCUUCCCUCUCCCAACGGGAUUGGCUACAUUUUUGACUUGGCCGGUUCUUGACCUGGUGGAUGUGGCUGCAGUGUGGAGAAAGGAAAGACUGAGGUGGCAGAGCAGACCACUCUCCCGUCCCAGACUCUGUCCAACUUUUCCCCCUUUUUGCCUCCUCGGAAGCUUGCUGCCCAGAGCCAAGUCCAGAACCCAGCCGGCCAUCUCCAUGGUGCCAAUUACCAGCAAGUGUCUUUCCUGCGGCACCCGGUUCAGGCAGCUACUCCUGCCCCAGAGAUGAAGGGGCAGCUUUGCAAGGAUCCGGAGCUAGCUCCUGGGGGCCCAGAGUCCCCACUUGAAGAGGAGCUUGGGCUUCCCUCUGCCUGCCCGUGGAAGGAGCUUUGCCGCAGCCUGUCCGAGUCCAUCUGUCCGUCCCCUCCUGCCUGCCCUUCUUCUGGUGGCUCUAGGAAUUGGGGUUCAGCAGGGACCAAAGGAAAGGAGGAGGUACCAGGGGCCUGGCACAGACCCCUAGGUGCCUCACUCCAGGGGUCACAACAAGCUAGUUUGGGAACCAUUGGUGGACUGGAAAGAAUGUUGUCUGUGGUUCUGGCGGAGGAGCCGUGGAACCUGAGUUUCCAGACCCCAGCCCUAGAGAGUGUUCGGAGGGUGCUGUAUUGGAGGGGGAGGCUAAGGAAAGUUGGGAUUGGGACUGGUGGUGCCAAGAUAAGGGUUUCUCAAAUUGGAGGACCCCUCCUUGUUAGAUGAGGUCGAAGGUUAUCUUGUCUACCCCUUCUGCCUCCAGGCCAGGGGUCUGGGGAGGAAAACAGAGCCCCCCAUUUUAGUCUUUUUAAACAAACCAUCCUAUACUAAGGGCAGAACGCACUGCCCCGGCCUCAGUUACCUUGGCUGAAGGAAAGAUGGUGAUAGGAGAGAAAGAGUGAAGAGACGUGCAUGUGAGAACUGGGAGAUUCCUUUUCCAGCAGGCCUGGGUAGCUGCCUUCUCAGCCCAGCCCUCCCUGGGGCCUGCGGGAACCCUUUUGCAUGCAAGGGAGGAUGGAGGCUGGCCCCUCUUGAUAGAAGCACAUUUCUGCCACCUCCCCUGGGAGGCACCCAGAAGCCUGCCACUCUUUACCUAGUCCCUGCUGUGUAGGGCGUAGUCUGGGUUAGCUAGGUAGAGUUAGUGUUCCAAGCCCUGGGGCCCGUUCUUAGCUCAUGCAUAGUCCUUGCCAAGUCCCAGGACAGGGGUGGAGAGGAGACUCACGUACAUUCCAGGAGACCACUGUCUCCUCGCUGGCCUGGGCCUAGAUGGGGCAGCCUGGCUCACGGGAGGCCAGCCUCUCCUCCUCCUUCCCCUUCCUCCCCUUCUCCCCUGUAGGGUUAUAGCUGGAGCUGCCUGUUAUACUCAGAUGUUCUGAUUUAUUAUUCUUGGUACUGACUUUCUUUAUGAGGCACUCCUGAGGGUUGUAGGACCUUGGCAGAGGGGGCCUGGUCUCCAUUGGAGGGUGUCAUUUUCCCCUGAGGACACCCAGGCUGCCUUUGGUCCCACCCCCUUUCUGGUCCUGGUCCUGGUCCUGGCCCCUGUCCCACCAGGUGACUCCUUCUACCUGGAAAUUCUUCCCUUCCCUUAGCCUAUGUAAGCCCUGGGUAUCCUUUAAAGUUCUGGUUGAUGUAUGUCACCUCCACAGAGCUGCUUACCCUGCACUGGGAAGUGGAGAUGGAGAUGCUCCCUUACCCAGGAGGUCUUCAGAGCUUCCUGGGAUUGUGACGGGUGGAAUCCCAAGGUUGGGGACGGAAGGAGCAGGGCUCUGGAGGGACUGGCAUUCAAGGCGCAGAAUCAGCCUCUCGCCUAUUUGUUUUUUUAACCAGUGUGAUUUCUCUGCUAUUCGUUUAUUAUUCACCACUGGAAUAUUUUGAGCCAGGAGAGCACCUUCUCUCUCCAGCCAUCGUCGCUGUGGUGGUUCAGGGGUAGCUCUUCAAAAACAGGGCAGACUCUGGCUGUCUCAACCAGAGGGAGCAGGGGCUUGGCCCUGACAGCCUGAGCCCUUCCCCUGGUGUCUGCACAGCCUUCAUAAAGAGAGAGAGAGCUCCGAAGCAAUAACAACACCUGGGGGUGGUCAAUGAGAGCCCCCUCAAUGAUUUUCUUGUUUGUUCUGUGAAAUCUCGCUCACCUCCUGGAGGGGUGGAGCAGCUGGGGGCUGGAGCCCUGUUUCUUUGUAUCAUCGUGAGCAUGUGCCCCCUUCCCAGGGGCUGUGACCAUUGGGUGUGGGAACCACGGUCUGUCGUCACCAAGGGAUGGGGGUUUGGGGAGGGGAGUGACGUUUUCAUCAUUAGCUUUGGAGAAGCUUCAAGCCCAUCCUGUCCCCACUGCUGCCUGGCCCCUUGCUGACUCAGGCUGUACUGUUUGAAGAGGAGCAGAGAGGGUGGCACUGGGGGCCCUUAAGGGGCUGUGGCCCCCAGGGAGUGACUUUUUUCAAUCCCUGGGCCAAGAUCACACGCAGGAUACCACGGGAAGGAGCCAUCUCCACUUUCCUUCUCUAGAACCCCCUUUGCAUAGUAAAGGGGAAGGGCCUUUGGGACCAUUAGUCCAUUUCCAUUUUACAGACAAAUCAAGACCCAGCUUGGGGGAAAAGCCACCCCUGGAAUCACCUGUGUGUUCAGUGGCAUCCCCAGCCUGGGCCCCCUCCUCCCAACAGAGGCUGAGCCGGAGCCAGGGCAGUGUGAGGUGGGGCCCACACCUCCUUCUCCCUUCUUUUUUUGAAGCCUACUGGCCCCCAAAAGAUGGGCAGGACAAGUUGUAGCCCAUCUGAGAAAUUGGGAAACCGAGGCCCAGAAACAGGAAGUGACUCACACAAGACCCCUCAGCAAAGGCGCAAAGGGGGAAAAAUAAGGGGCUCCACUGUGCUUCAGGCGACAGGAGAUGUUGCUCCAGGGUGUGUCUGCUGGGACAAGGAUUCCUGGCCUCUAUGCCCUGGCUGCACAGCCCUGCUGGGCUCCAUCUCUAUAAGCCAGUGACUUCUCUGGGCCUGGGUAGGGGGAAGAGGUUGCCAGGGAGACAGCUAUCCUGUGGGGCUGGCCCAGCUGACUGAGGUUACACAGGAUGGGGUCCAGACCUUGAUGCCUGGGUGGAGGUUCCUGCUAAGGGGCCAUAGCCUCUGCAGGACCAACUGGAGAGAGUUAGGAAACGGCAGCUCCUGCCUGGGGCAGUGAGCGAAUGGGAGCAGCUGUGGGCGCCUCAUUUUAGGGAAGUCCUCCCCAAACCUUCAGAUGCAGUGAGACCUGGCCUUCCUGUUGUGCUUUGCAGACUUGGUUUUCAGAAUGCUUUUACCUCGAGUGUGCCCUUUGGCCCUCACAAGAGCCACUGGGGAGUAGGUGUGGCCUGUGCCAUCAUCCCUGAUUCAGAGCAGGCAGCUGAGGUCCUGGGAGGGAAGGUGCUUGCCUCAGGUCCCACUGUGUUAGUGGGUGGGCAGCACUGGAGCUUGGUUCUCCAGCAGCCCAGAGUUCACUCUUUUACACUCAGAGAUGGAGCCGAUAUCUUAGGGGGUGGUUGUGCACUUCAAAAGCCAAUUCAAGAUCCAGUUCCUUUAGCCAGGAGCUCCUGGGUGCAUCUCCGUGUCAGAAACAGCACCGAAGCUCACCCCCUCUGGAGGCACAGCUGUUGCGUCAGGCAAGGUCACCUGCAUUUAUUUAUUGAGCAGCAGUGCUGUGUCAGGCCCUGGGAUGGAGUCCCCUCCCCAUUCCCCCAUGGUGACUCCAAGGCCCUCUGGGAGGGCCCCAUGUCUGUGGAGCAGCACCUCAGUGUGGAUGGAAAGCAUUCACGUCCACGAGCUCACCCGAUGCCAAGCCUGUGGGGUGGGCUGAUGGUGCCCGUCUAACCCAGCGCUUCUGUGAGGUCAGAGUGGAGCCAAACCCAGGGCUGUGGCAUCACCUCUGGAGCCCUUUCACUCUCUGACUGCCUCCUGGGCGAGUGGCGGGAAGGCAGGACCCAGGUCCUCAGGCUGGGAGCCUCUCCAUCCACCCACCUUUCCCUCAUUCCUUCUCUUAAAGCAGAAGCCAACCAGGCCUUUAGGGAGGGAGGGUUUCUGGGGCCCCUGGGUUGGAGUGGGGUCACGUUGCAUUGUGUUCAUGACCAUGUAGCUCAUGUUAAAAAUUAAAGUUUUUGGCUUUUCUAA